UACCUACAGAAAAUUUUGGAUGUAUUUGGUUAUUAGUCCCCAAAAUUCUUGAUUUCUUUCAUCAGAUUCUUGACAUUAAAACAUUACACUUGUAGAGAUCUCUGAAGUGGAGGUGGCCACAACCUGUCAUCCCCCUGGCACCAUACUAUUGAUUAUGGAAUCGUGCUGAACUUGAUGUUUGGUAUUAGACUAGGGUUAUAGGUACUGAAUUGCUAUUCGUCGCCCUAAAAUUCAAAGUUUGUCGCCCUAAAAUGCACAUAAUUGACCCUUUUACCCUCCUGUCUCAAUUUCUAACCAAAACCUACGAACAGUCUCUUACCCUGCCAGCCAUCGCCGAGCUCCUCUAUCCUCCGCUCGCUGCUGCCGCUGCCAGAUUCCUCUCGCCAACAGCUGACCACCGCCGGAUUCUACUGUUGCUGCCAGAUUCUACUGAUUAAAUAUAUGUGCAAUAUGAUAAAGAGUGGUCAAAGACUUGGAUCUCUCUGUAUAUAUGAUUCAUUAAAUAAUGUCUUUGGAUUCCUUAGAAUUCUUUUUCUUGGUUAAACCAUUCGCAGUAAGAGGACUCUGAUUCCAUUGGAGAAAGACAACUUUAUAUUCAUUAGGGGAAAAAUACAGCUUUAUGCUUUGCAGUUGCAGCCGUCCACAUUAGCUAUUUGCUUAUGCAUAUCAUAUAAUUGGAAGGGAAGGGGGAAAGGGAUUCAGCCAACCGACCAUCAAGAAAGCCGACCUGUUCUCAACUCGCCGGAAAUGAGUUUUCAAUCCAUCCGCUGGUUCCAACGGCGGUUACGAAAAAACCCCGGAUAUGGAAAGUCCUCUGAAAAUAGGAAAUAGAGAUGAGAUACAAACUAAACUAAGGAUAUUUGAGUCAUUUUGAUAAAAAUUAGGGCGACGAAUAAGGUAAUUUAGGGCGACGAAUAGCAAUGCCCUAUAGGUAUCAUAUGCCUCUAUAUUAUGUAGUUUUAUCCAACAGGUCACUCUACUAUUUCUUACAUCAAACAUGCCUCUAUAGUUUGUAUAAAUGAUCAAACAUACCCUUCUAUUAAAAUUUACAUAAAAAAACCAUCAACCAUGGUCGAACCUUGGUUUGGGUGACACCUAUAUCUAAAAUAUUCAUAAUAAUUUCACUUUAGAAUUUUUUUAUAGCCAAAUACAUCCAAUAAUUUCAAUUUAACGAGACCUGGAGAAAUAAAUGAGGAAAAAUUGACAUUUCACCCCCAAUUUUCCUGAUGUCGAGUUUUGUGAAUCUCGGUUCAGUCGUGGUUAACCAUUUUUAAUGGAAAUUUUAACAUAAGAGCAUGUUUGAUGUAAAAAUUAGUAUAUGGGCAUAUUAUACUUAUAACCCAUUAGACUACUAGCUCAUUAUUAUUAUUUUUUUGGGUAGAAAGUGGAUGGGAAGCAUCCUAGUUCAUAUAGAUUAAACGAUCAUGAGAGAUACCUAUUACAUCAUACGAGAGCCAAUAGCAAAGUUUCGGGUCGCACACAUUGAAUGAAUGUGUACCCAAAGGAAACUCAUGCCCAACUCUAGCUAAGUAGCCGGAUGCAAAAUUACUUUUCCUAAAGACAUGGGAAAUUCUAACAUCCCGUUCUCUAUUCAAAGGUCCACGGAUAUGCUUGGUAAGCAGACCAUGUCUAUGAUCUUCCUCCAUAGAGUUCUUGACGAUAUUGAUAGCGGUCGUGGAAUCAAGACACACGUGAUCCUUCUUGAGGCCCAUAUUCCAUGCCAAUGUCAGACCUUAUGCAACUCCUUUGAGUUCGGCACUGGUGAUGGAACAGAUGCCCAGGUUGCUGACAAAAGCACCCAUAUAAUGUCCCACUAUAUAAAAUCCUUUAUUUCUUAGGGGUCGUUUGCUUGUUGGAUUUGAAAAAUGAGGGUUUUGGCCAACAAAAACCUUGGGAUUUAUGUUGGAUUUAUUGGAUUAUAGAUUUGAAGAGUCUAAUGUUUGCAUGAUAGAUUUGAUGAUGGAUUUGUGAUGGAUUUGUUAAAUAAAUAACUAACCAUCAAGGAUUUGCCAAUCCCAAAUCAAUAUGUGGGAUUUACAAGUCCGUGGGGUCCACGGAUUUGGUUCCAAAAUAAAGACCAAAUCCGUGGACCCCACGGAUUUAGCACUCUUCAACAAACAAUGGACUUAUGUUAAAUCCAUCAAGCUUGGGAUUUGGGUACCAAAUCCAUGACCCAAAUCCAACAAGCAAACGACUACUAGCUUAAUACCUAUCCCGUUGGCGGAUAAAAGGUUAAUAUUUGGCCUUUUUAUAAUAUUUGCAGUCAAUGGCGGAUCCAGAACAAAAUAGAGCACUGAGCCGCAUUUCAUUAAAAAUAAUGGUCAUAGCUCUUUUUUUACAAUGUCAAUUGUACACGACGGUCUUUUAAUUCAGCGAAUGCAUCAAUAAUGGAGUCUACAUUCAUACCAAUGACAUACUCUGUUUCAAUUAAAAUAGUUAAACAAUCGACAAGAAAUUCAUCGCUCAUUUGUUGCGCAAAUAAGUUUUCACAUGUUUCAUUGUUGAAAAAGUUCUCUUUGUAGUAGUCGUUGAAAUGGGUAGCGUCAAUACUAGACAAAUCAAUCGACUAAUCGAUUUGCAUUGUGUGUCCAUCUCUAUACCUACCAGUUGCUCUAGUAAUUUCUCCAAUGGAACAAACCUUAUAUUUCUUUUAGCCUUUACACUUUAGAUUUUUAGAAUUUUAGUUUUCAUUGUUUUUUUAGACGAAAGUCUUUGGGGCUAGAAUUUGUAGGCUAAAUUUAGAGUAGUGAUUUGAAUGUGUUCAUCUCAACCAUUUUUCCAAUUACAUACAAUCUUAUUAUAAAAUAACACUGGGCCAAAUACCUAAAUCGAAAAAUCCACAAAGACUAUACAAGCUCCGGAUCUAGAGGAGGGCUGGCCGUGGCCCGGGGUGGCCACCCCUAGAUCCGCCACUGUUUGCAGUAUUCGUGUAAAUUCUUGCUCAGAUAAAUUUUCAUUUUGAAAAUGAAGUGGCGCAUGUAAUGGCCAAGCUCAACUGCAGACGAGAGGACAUGCAAAUCCGGUUAUCGCGACAGUCCAUCUUUUUAUUCCCUUAACUUUUAGCUGAUUGUAAUUUGACACCCAACAUUACUCAAACAAUAAAAUCAAGACAAAUUAUAUUUCUCCAAUGGAACAAACCUUAUAUUUCUUUUAGUCUUUACGCUUUAGAUUUUUAGAAUUUUAGUUUUCAUUGUUUUUUUAGACGAAAGUCUUUGGGGCUAGAAUUUGUAGGCUAACUUUAGAGUAGUGAUUUGAAUGUUUUCAUCUCAACCAUUUUUCUAAUUAAACACAAUCUUAUUAUAAAAUAACACUAGGCCAAAUACCUUAAUCGAAAAAUCCACAAAGACUAUACAAGCUCCGGAUCCAGAGGAGGGCUGGGCCGUAGCCCGGGGUGGCCACCCCCUGGAUCCGCCACUGUUUGCAGUAUUCAUGUAAAUUCUUGCUCAGAUAAAUUUUCAUUUUGAAAAUGAAGUGGCGCAUGUAAUGGCCAAGCUCAACUGCAGAUGAGAGGACACGCAGAUCCGAUUAUCGCGACCGUCCAUCUUUUUAUUCCCUCAACUUUUAGCUGAUUGUAAUUUGACACCCAACAUUAGUCAAACAAUAAAAUCAAGACAAACUAUAAAAAAUAAACUUUCAU